GCAAUAGACUGAUACUGUCUGUGCUGGCGUAUGAGCUAGAGGGCAGUGAGACGAGCUAGAUGAUGUGCUUCGCGAUGCUCUAGUCAUCAUGUCAAAGAGGGUAGAGACUUGGCCAGUGCCAACUACGCAAAGGGAUCUGUCGCGGCCAAUUCUGAACCCCGCCCACGACCACGCUACGAGUCCAUGGCACCGCACCACACGACAUCUAAAAUUUGAUGCGGGCAGAGCACAGAGCGGGCGGCCCAUGCCCAGAGGGUUGAGUCUUCAUAAGGCAUCACCCUUGCUCUCUUGCCUUCAGCUCUUCUUCAUUCACUCGUUAUGCUCGUUGCAACUGUCCUCGCCCUCUUUGCGGCCUCCGUCACAGCCCAGGCACUCCCUCCAGUCUGUGCACUCAACUGCAUCAACGCCCAACUCGCACCCAACGGCUGUUCAUCGCUCUCAGACUACGCAUGUGUCUGCUCAGACUCCUUCCGCGCCUCGGCCGUCCCUUGUGUCCUUGCAGGCUGUUCAACAGACGACUUUAGACUCACUGCCGACACCACCAACCAAAUCUGUACAAACUAUUUCAACGGACAAUACGGACCUGUUGUUCGCGCCGCCGCUGGUGGUGCUGCUGCUGGUUCAAGUGCCGCUGCUGGACCUGCCGCUGGUUCUGUCUUGCCUGCUGCAGCCUCGAGUAUGGCAUCAGGCAGUGGUAUGCCUCCUAGCGCUACCAUCACACUCGCUCCUGCUGGUCCCGGUGGAGUCGCUGUUGGCGGAGCUGUCGUGACGGUGACUGUUACCGUUGACCGUUGCCCAGCUGGCGGUGCUGCUGCCGCUCCAGCUCCUGCUCCUACACCUGCCCCUGCUCCUGCAGCCAUGUCUGGAGGUGCUGCUGCUGGAUCCAUGGCAGCUGGUUCAAUGGCUUCCGGUGGUGCGUCUGCUUCUGGUGCUGCGACACCUCCUCGCGUCACCUUGCCGGCCUUUGUACCACCUCCUGCUGGACGAUCUGGUGCCAUGAAAGUGCACUCUGUCGGAGCCUUCCUCCUUGGUUUGCUCGCUUUACUCUAAUAAUCUAUAUCAUCUAUGCAGCGUGAAUCUCAAUACCUGGUGGACUACCGAGUGCCGUCU